UCACAAAGCACUGACUUAGCAAAUUCCAAUCCAUCCAGGUUUAAGUUACCCAAGUAUCAAGAAAAGGAAAUUAAGAAAAGUGGAAGAAGUAAAGAAAGAGAGAGAGAGAAUUACAGCUACCACUUUAGAUCCAUCAUAGAAUCAGCUACCAGAAGUCCAAGAACAGUAGGGCCAUGCCAAUGUGAAGGCCACAUGUCCUUCACAAAUGGCAGUGGCAAUCACACUCCUCCUGGCUGUGGUGGCCAUCCUGCUCGGAAAGAUGCAUGAUCUUAUAGUCAGUGUGGCCACAGCCCAGUGGAUGAAGCUGCAUGAGGUUUUUCUGCAUCCGGUGAUGACAUGGCUUUGGCAGGACGUCAAGCUGACCAGCCCCUUGGAAGAAGCCUCACUGCUUCCCAAAUUGCAGCGCUGGCCCUUUUACACUGCUGCAGCAGCCGUGCUCGCUGAGAUUUGCUGGGUGGCCUGGCAAAUGCAUCUUGCCUCUCGCAGCUGCCCUGAGCAGGACAGCUCCAGCAGCGAGGAGGAGGAGGAUGACAGUGAGAAGAAGGACCUCAAGGAACGACACCCCAGUGUUCGGAUGUUUUCUGUGCACAAUGUAUUGCCAACGCAGGAACUGUCUGAGAUGUGCAGGGAUGUGCAGAAGUUGGUGCGUGACCUCCUCCGUGUCUGCCGAGUGAUUUGCAAGAAGACUUCCAUGCCAGAGAUGCACCCAGCCAUUGGGAAGGAUGGCAUCCAUGAAUCCUGGAAUGUCUUUGAGGACCGAAUCAUGUACCUGCUGGUUGUGGUCCUGCAGCCACCCCCCGGAUACUCUUUCAGAUUGGAGCUGUAUGGUGGGAUGCACCUGCCAGAGAGGUGCUGCAAUAUCCGUGUGGUGCUGGAGUGCACAUGCUCAGGGACAGGGGAUAUGUUUUGUUUUCUCCACCCCUCUGACAACAACCAUAGCUCUCCCCUCCUAUCCACCCUCUGCACAGGCUCCUACUUAGAUGUGGAAGAAAUUGCCUGCUGGAUGCAAAAUUUGGUGGGAUCAGCCUGGGAGAGUUUGCCUCAGUGGCACGAUUGGGAGCUCCGGGUGCUGCCCUCCUCCCAUUCCUGCAGGCUCCUGCUGACUGGACCCUCCGAGGUGCAGCUCUGUGUUGUGCUGAUGUUUGCAGUGCAGCAGGGCAGCCCAGGCACCUUCCUGGUCCUCCAGUAGGCAAUGGCAGCUUUCCCAGGCACUGGUUUGGGCUGGGGCUGCACGGGGAGUUGGGAGCACACACAGCUGGGACAGCACAACAGACCAGUAUGCUCAGUAUAUGGAAGAGAAGGGGAGAAGGAAGAGGAAGGGGAUAAGUUUGUAGUCACAGCAUUUGUCUUCCCAAGUCACCAUUACUGGUGACAGAGCCCAGUUUCCCUGGAAAUGGGUGAACACCUGCCUGCCCAUGGGAAGACAAAUGCUACAACUCCGAACAUCCCCUCAGAAUCACAGAAUCAAAAAGGUUGGAAAAUACCUCUGAGGUCAUUGAGUCCAUCCUAUGACUGAACACCAUUCCUGGAUGUCACACAAUCAAGUGCCACGUCCAGUCUUUCCUUAACACCUCUGGGGAUGGUGACUCCACCACCUCCCUGGGCAGUCUAUUCCGAUGUCUAAUCAGCCUUUCUGCGAAAAAAUUCCUCCUAAUGUCCAACCUACUCUGGUGCGGCUUAAGACUAAGUCCUCUCGUCCUGUCACUGGUUGCCUGGCAGAAGAGGUACAGUUGCUCUAGGAAGUUCUCUUCCACAAACUCCAAGAACCUCCUAGUCUGGAUACUCUCCACUGAGUUGAGUUUCCAGCACAUGUCCAGCAUGUCCCUCCUCCUUCCUUCUGUCCCCUUCUUUACAUACUGAGCAUGAGGACAUAUGGUAAGGAAUGCCCCUUUGGUCAUUUGGGGUCAGCAUUCCUGUCUGUGUCUACUCCCAACUCCCCCACAUACCCUAUUGUGGUCUAAGCCCAAGGUGGAAAUUGAGGUUCACGAAGCCACUAAAUCAACCCUCUUCCCCCCACCCUGGUGGAAUGGGAAUGAGAAUCAAAAGUAAAACUUGCAGGUUUGGAUAAGUUAAGUAAUUAAUAAUUUGACAAUUUAGAUAAAUUUAAUAAUUGAAAAUAAAGUGAAAUAUAGUAGUAAUGGUAAAUAUUAAAGAUAAUAAAAAUGGAAAGAAAAAAAGCCAAGCAAGUGAUGCACAGUACAAUUGCUCACCAACUGCUGACCCAUGCAAGGUCCCCCUUUGCAAACCUAGAUCAGCCCCCUUCUAGGUAACUCUCCCAGUUUAUAUACUGGGUAUGACUUUCUAUGAUGUGGAAUAUCCCUUUGGUCAGUUUGGAUCACCUGUCCUACAUAUGCUCUGUCCCUGUUUCAAAAUUAACUCUCCCCCAGCCCAAACCAACACACUGAGCAACAGCUUUUGAAUUGUUUUCUGUGACAGAGGAGGAACAAAAUUUGAGCACCAAAGCCUGCUAUCUAGUUCUCAUAAUAGUACAAAAGGUCAUUUUUCCAAGUGGUUAAACUUCACCCUCAGGCUUUCAAGAUUAUGUGCUGAGUCUUUAUUAAGAAAAAUCUUAUUGCUUUAAGAAGCAGCCAUUGCUUUUAAGAAGAGAGAGACACUGUUUUUUUGUUAAAAACAAAACAGAAAGAAGAAAGCCUUAUCCCAUUAGCAGCGUGAAUGGCAUGUGAAAAUAAAGUUUGUAAUA